AUGGGCUCCGACGCGCUCGACUCGCUCCACCGCCGGGAGACCUCCAUCGACGCCUCCAUCUCGGGCGCGCUCGAGCACCUCCACUCCAUCUCCGCCGAUGCCACCGCCGCUUCCUCCAAGGUCCCUGCCGCCGCCCCCUCCGACUCCGCCGCCGCGGUGUUCCUGGGCUUCGUGGUGGCCUGCCGCAAGGAGGCGGACGCGCUGCGCGCCGAGAUGCCGCCGACGCGCAAGCUCUGCGUGGAUCCGGCCAAGUUCGUCAUGGACGCCGUCGCUGACGUCUUCCCCGUCGACCGCCGCGAGGUUCGGAACCGAACAUCGGCGCCGCGCGCCCGCUCGUGCGGUCGUGCCCCGGGGAAGAGAGAGACCGGUAGGUCCCAAGAAAGGCUAAAAUAA